UGAAAUAUCAGACGAUGGCCAAUGACAUCUGCUCAGUAAAUGACUCAAAAAUAACUGAAUUAAAGCAGACCUCCGCUGGAGGGAAGGUUGUGGACCCAUACCCCAACUGCAAGAAAAUAGGUGUAGAUUUCCAUGUUGGAUCUGGAGCAAAACAGAAACUUGACAUAGGUCUACUGACUAAUGGGGUAAUGACUGAGGUUUCACAUUUUGCCGAAGAGAUGAAUCGAUCUCACGCACAUGUCAUCUGUGAUAUUUUAGAUUACAACAUUGAUCUUGGUUUGCAAAAUGAUCAACGCCAUGAAUUCGCAAUUCGGACUAUGGCGAAAGUAAAGUACUUGAUGGGGAAGUCCAGACUGCAAAGACCUGACUUGAUAACAAAAGUCUUCGAACUUCCUGAUCCAAGGGCAAUACCUGUAUCAAAAACACAUGUAAACUCCAACCUUUUAAAUGACAAUGUGUCAUUUAGUCUGAGAUUGAAUAAAGAUGUAGAAAUACAGCAAUUGGUUAUAGAGGAGGAGGAGGAAUGUGUCUCUAUAAUGUCCUUUGAAGAAGAUGGGUUGGUUGAGUAUGAAAAGGCCCAAAAGGACAACACUGUCUCUCUGAUGAACUUUGACCUUGAUGCCAGCCAGGUAUCUCCUCAUCAUGUCAAAGAGACCAUGUUUAAUGAAACAGAUGUUGAAACAGCAACACUUGCCCUCAAGAAUGGACCUACUAACAUCUGUAUUAAGGAUGAACCCAAUCUGGACCUCGUAUCAACUCAGCAUGUUAAGAUUGAGACCAUCUCUACUGACACAGAUGUAUCACUAUCUGAUGAGGAAGCAGUACACAGACCUACAAGGGACCAAUCUUUUAUGACAUCUGCAACAGAAGAUAAAACAACGGACCUCUACCCCCUUUGUAAGAAAAUAGGUUUAGACCUUGACGUGAAAUCAAAAGGUGAGGGAAAAGAAAAACUUGACUUCCGUUUAUUGACUAGAGGUGUAAUGCUCGAAGUUGCAAAGUUUGCGGCCGAUGUGUGUGGAACCUACAGGCAGAUUGUCUCUGCUGCUCUUGAGUACAAUUUUGAUCUUGAUUUCUCCCAAAAAAUAGAUCUCCUUGAAAAUAUAAUUCAUAACUUAAGAUCAGUCAAGAAGAAAAUGAAAAGUUGAAGUUGGGGACUGAAAGGCAAAAAAGUUGAAUUGCUAAAAGAAAAGUUCUCAAUGGCGCCUCAUUGGAAACGUUCUGGGAUUUCAAAUGUAACAGAAGAAAGGCCACUGAAUUACAGGAGGGAAAAAAAAUAGAGAAGCUUUAAUAGCCGAGAAGGUGCAGGAAGACAAAUUUGAAACAACCAGACAAGUUCCUCAGAGUAUAAAGACUGAGAGCGUCUUUACUGAGACUGAUGCAACCCGGUUUGCUGAUGAGACAGCAAUACUCGGACGUGAGAAUAGAUCUGCUGACAUUUUCACAAAGGAAGAGUCUGAUCGUCAAUCUGGGGUCAUAGAGCAAGCCUCGGACUCAGAGAACAACCAAGUAAACAUUUGCUGGACAUGUAUCCAUAAAAUCUUAAUGUGUAAACAGGUACAUUGGAGGAGAUGGAUUUUAUCCAAAUUUAAAAACUGUUUUGGUUAUCAGAUUGGUUACGAAAAUAAUUUCAAACCAAUCCUUGCUAAAUACAGAUCAGAUGUCCUACCAGUCAUAGUUGAGAAAUAUGAUGGCUUUAGCCACGCUGAGAAGACAAUCAUUUCCCUUGUGAAUCAGCUCUUUUGUGGCUUACAUUUGAUUGACGGCUUGGCUCACCAGGCAAAAACAACUCUUCUUCUCUGGACAAUGUUAUUUUAGGAGAAAAGGAAGUAGGAGUCGAAAGCUCUCCUAUCAUUGGAACAACAGAGUUGGAGUCUGGAACAGUGCGUUUGGGGAAUACUGUUUAGUGAUGCUGUCCAAGAACAGCGAUGGGGAAUGGACAGUUAUCUUGUUCCGUUCAAAACCUUUCUGGCAAGCAAAGGAGAAUUUGAUGACGUGCCCUUAUCUCCAUCCAGUGGAAACAGAAUUGACAGUCUGUUUCAUAAUGCUGCUGGGGUGUAUAGCAUCCAUAAUGAUAUCAUUGUGUUUACCAGGGACUAUGAAGAUGAGAGUAGUAUGCUUGCAGCAGUUGCUGCUGGUUUGGAGAUUCAGCCAUUUAAAGCAGGAUGCAGAGCUCUGGGUCUGAUGGAAAAGACAUUGUUGAAGGAAAUGUACACUUGUUUGAUGACAUUGAGGUACCCAAGGACCUUGUGUUUGACAGCCCUACCAUGUGGACAGACACAGACUUUUUUCAAUUGACCGUUCAGAUUGAGUUACUCCUAGCUAGUUUUCUGAGGGUAUGUUGUAAGAUGCUGCCGGUCGACCUACAGCAAAUGUCAAAGAUAAAUGAUCGCUGCAGAAAGGAUUUGGAAAUCUCAGAACAAUUGCUAAAGGCAAAAGCCAAUUCAAUCAGUAUUGCUGUUGAAGCCAUGGGCAUGUGCAAGAAGAAUCACACUUGGGAAUGGCUGUCCUUUUUGGAUGCACCAAAAAUAGUGUCAGUGUUGAAGGCUCUCCAGAUAGUGUAGCUGAAGGAAGAAGGAAAGCCAUUGAGGAUUCAUAUAAUUGUAGGCAUAAUAUUGACAUGAACAAUGAGUUGGAACAGAGGGUCUUUUGAUGAACAGAUAUUCAGCAGUUCCUACUCCUGUUUUCUAUGUUUGUUCUAGAAGUAGAUAUUUUUUUGUUGAGAUGUCUUGAACUCCAAGAGGACUUCAGUAACUUAACUGCCACAACUGCAGAAAAAGGGAAAAUAUAAAGUAUUUAAUGGACAUGGUACAGUUCCGGGCAUUAAAAAGUAAGUUUUCCCGAAGGUAUCUUUUUGGUCUACUACCUUUAUAGCCUUUGUAUUCAGAAUGAUGAUUGAACGUUACAGCAAAGCAAUAUUUGAAUGGUUAUUGAUCAUUUAGGUUAUCUGAACUGUAGCUAAUGUGCUUGUGACACAUAGUCCAAGAUUCAAUCAGAUCAGCUACCUGCGUAGCUGAUGUUUUGAUGGUGUACGAGGUGUAACUGCAUCUGCUAGCAGCUGGUCUUGAUCAUUAUCAUGACGAAAGUGAAGGUGUAGGCUAAAUAGAAAUAAUGACGCUCAAAUUGAAAAUCAUGAAACAAAAUAAGGAGGAUUUCUAUCAGCCUAAUGGAGGUGUAGAUUACAUCUAACAUUCCAGCAUUCAAACUUAUGAACCCGGCUGCAUUGGAUUUCUCUUAAUGUGACUCCGUGCAGCCAAUGGCAAUGUCCGCUUUGCCGGGAGCUGCUUGUGGAUUUGACAGCUCUAACGCAGUUCCACCUCAGACACCUCCAAAACGUAAGCUAUGCGGAUGUCGGCUAAAGCGGAUUUGAUUGAAUCGGGCCCAUAGUUACACUAUAGCAUAAUGAGUAGUAUCAGUUGUAUUGAACUUUGAAGUUUAGGCUUUUUCCAAAGCGUUCCAAUAACAUUGACAUGUCCAUGUUUUUGAACAAUGCAGCAAUAUCUAGCAAUACAAUAAUAACAAUACAAACAUAAUAACUAAAUAUAUAUAUAUAUAUAUUUAUAUAAAAGAGUGAAAUUAAGAAAUCAUAAAGAGUAAUGUCAGAGUCCGGCAGUCAUGGGUGCACACAGGGAGUACAGGCGGGGGCUGAGCACACACCCCUGUGGGGCCCUCGUUUUGAGGAUCAGCGCGGCGCAGAGUUUGUUGCCUACCUCCAUCUUCUUUAUAUUAGUAUGCUACCUCCCAGUUUAUCUUAGUCAUGCCGUUCCAUUAAUACAGAGGCUUAGUCUGAAUAGUCUUUGUGGAUUCCCUUGGCCUCCCUUUCACUUGCCUGGUCCUGACUUUGAAACCUGAAGACUGAAAACAGCAAAAGAACAAAGCCAUUUAAAAGGUUAUUGUUUUAUUUUAUUAUUGAUUUUUACUGGACUGGGACAGGCUGUUUUAUUUUUUCAUAUUUUUGUUGGAGGGAUCAAUAAGUUAUCAAGUUUUCAUCAAGUCUAUAUUCAUCCAUUUUUGACCUAAGAAAGUACACUUCUUUAAUCCACGAUUUGAAAGUAAAAAAUAAGAUAUUCUUGAAAAGGAUGAGUUUCACUGGAUCAAAAGGUAAUGCAGUGUGUUCAUGACCCAUCUGUGUGCUGUUAGUUAUUGUAGCUAAUAAUGUUAAUCAAAUUCUUUACAUUUAUACAGUAAUCUUUAUUUUAUUUAUUCAUGUCCUAUUCAGACUGAAGUUCCAAUAACAUCGACUUAAACUUGUAAUUAAUGUAGGCUAAUUGUAAUUGCUUGUUCUGAUAACGUCAUACACGUGUUUUCACAGGUGAUGCUAAUAUAUGUUUCCAGCAGCAGUGUCCCUAAAGCUGCAGGGUCUUAUCGUUCCUUCUUCAUGUUCAACUCUUCAUAAGUGAAUACCUCAAAGCCCUAAAGAAGUUUUGUCAAUCUUUUUAGUCACAGUGGGGGUGAAGGAGGCCAUCUACAGUAUGACAGGAGCAGAGGUGUGUUCACCCAGAGAAGGAGGCCAUCUACAGUAUGACAGGAGCAGAGGUGUGUUCACCCAGAGAAGGAGACCAUCUACAGUAUGACAGGAGCAGAGGUGUGUUCACCCAGAGAAGGAGGCCAUCUACAGUAUGACAGGAGCAGAGGUGUGUUCACCCAGAGAAGGAGACCAUCUACAGUAUGACAGGAGCAGAGGUGUGUUCACCCAGAGAAGGAGACCAUCUACAGUAUGACAGGAGCAGAGGUGUGUUCACCCAGAGAAGGAGACCAUCUAUAGUAUGACAGGAGCAGAGGUGUGUUCUUAUUUCAUGAACAGAUUUCCUGCUUGCCAUACUAGAGGGAGGUACUGGUUGUCUUUCAACUCCACACCAUGGGAUGAUUGACCUGGAUCUUAACCAGAACAGACUUCACCAGACACAGUAGAAGUGAGGUCACAGGAAACAGACUGAUUUGUGAAGAGGGACUACAUCACCCAGAAAGCAUUGCAGCAGCGUGUCCCUGGAGGCCCACAGCUUUGUUGGAUGUAAUGCAUUGUUCUCGACCUCUCAGUGUUCGGAAAUAAGACUUGUAAACUCGGUGCAUCAUGUUACAUGCAUUCACGUACCUUGAACCAAGGUCAACCUAGGUACCGAGGUCAACCAUAAACGAACAGUACAGCUAUCAUGCUGGCAUGAAAUGGCAGUUGAAAAUAGCUUUUCGAGAUCAGUCCAAACGUUCCUCCUGACUGUUAUAAUCAACAUGUUUGAAUGCUAAAAUGAUAUGGGACUACGUUUUUCUAUUGCAACGCUUGAAUCACGUUCAUAUUUUUGGUUAUAACCUGCACAACUUUUGAGCUCUUGGUUGUUUGCUUUUAAAAAUAGUUUUUAGUACUAACUUUUGUUUGUUUACAUUAAACUACUAGUUUUUGUUGUUUCCACCAAGACUGAAACUUGAUAUAGCUCCUUGUGGUUCGACAUUCAUAUGGUCCCCCUGCCUGUGUGGGAUUGAAUUCCGGCCCCUGUAUCUCCCCUUUAUUCAUAUC